UCCCGCUUCCCCCUCCCGGCCCGCCAUGGCGGCGGCCGUGGACGAGAGCACCUUGCCUUCCAUCUCUACUUUCGCCAGCCUGUUGCCGCUGGAAGAGCGACCCGCCGAUAUGCUCCACAGGAUGCUGCAGCAGGACGGCGCUGCCACCGCCGCUGUCAAGCGGGAGGAGGACGACUUGGGCAAGUUCGUAGACUUGGACUUCAUCCUGGCACACACUAGCAGCGGCGGGCAAGGGCCGCCCGCACCCGGUCCCAACUACCCCUUGCCCGAAACCCCCGAGAGCUGUGGCACCACCUACGACAGCGACGGCUCCUACCCCACGCCGGGCAAGUUCCCGGCGCCUUACUCUGAGGGUCAAGGCCACAGCUACGUGGCUGAGCUGCUCACCCCGGACCUGCCGAGCCACUGCGACCUGCAACGGAGGGAGUACACAGAGCUGCGGGUGCCCGGCGGGCCCCCUCCGCACCACCCACCCCAUCACCACCCGCCCCUGCACCCGGCCCUGGCCCGCCCGCUGCCCCUGGACGCCGCGCAGCCUUUCGGGCCUCGCAUCAAGAAGGAGCAACCGGAGGAGCGAGCCUGCAUGCUGGGGCUGUCCAGCGCCGAGUACCUGGGGCCGAGCGGCGGAGAGCACAAGCCACGCAUGGCACCGGGUCCUGGGCCGGGACCGGUUCCGGGGCCGCCGCUGCCCUACCCGGGCUUCGCCCAUGGCCGCCUAGGGCCCCCCGAGGAGCCGCUGCCCGGCGCUGAUCCCCACCUCCUGGCCGACCUGCCGCCCCAUUACGCCGUGGCCCCGCACCGCUACGCGCCCCACUUCGCCCCGCAACCGCCACAGUUUCAUGGACACUUCAGUGUUUUUAGGGAGCCCCUGAAGGGGCCGGGGCCGGGCCCCGCGGGGCUACCCGGGCUGUUGGUCACGCCGCCCAACUCCCCGGUGCUGGAGUACUUCCCAGCGGGGGCCCCCCCCGAGGACUGCAAGCCCAAGCGCGGCCGCCGCUCGUGGGCGCGCAAGCGGACCGCCACGCACAACUGUGAAUACCCGGGCUGCGGGAAGACCUACACCAAGAGCUCCCACCUCAAGGCGCACAUGCGGACCCACACUGGUGAGAAGCCCUACCACUGCACCUGGGAAGGCUGUGGCUGGAAAUUUGCUCGCUCUGAUGAGCUGACCCGCCACUACCGCAAGCACACAGGGCACCGGCCCUUCCAGUGCCACCUCUGCGAGCGGGCUUUCUCCCGCUCCGACCACCUCGCCCUCCACAUGAAGCGGCACAUGUGAGCGGUGGGCCGCGGCCAGAAUUGGUGUCCCCGGAGCCAGCUCAUGAUGUAAAUAGCGUCGCGGCACUGGGGAGCAGCCCGGCCGCCAAGCCCUCUCCGCUUGUAGCUGAUAACUAGUUUUCUCCUCCUGCCCUUGCUGUGAGAGCUGGCCCCAGCCGAGUGGUGGGAAAGGGCUGCUUUGGGGUGUAGAUGGGGAGCAAAGCUGCAAGAAGUGCCUCCACCCCAUGCUCACGUGUCACCACUCAGUUCCUUGUGUCUGGAGAGUCCCCCACACCCCCACCAGCCAGGCAUCUGGUGAAUGGAGAGGGUGGAGUGGGCAGUGGAGGUGCUGGUGCAGCAGGGAUCUGACCGCAGAGUUCCUGGCUUGUAUUUGGCAUCAGCUUAAUCUUCUCACCACAAAUCCUGGCAGUUCCCUGGCUCCAGGAACUGUGGUGGCUGACUCUGGCCAGGUUUUGGCACUGGGAAGUGAAUUGCUGGUCAUCUUGGUUGUGGCCAUCGGAACAAACUUUCCAACCCAAAAGCCCCAAGUGGAUGGGGCAAGGGUGGGAUUUGAUUGUAGCUAAUGGCUAUAAAGGUUCGCAGGGGUUGGCAGUACAGCGUCACCUUGCACAGGGAGUGGGGAUGCUCCUGCUGCCAGCCUGGGACCCUGCUGGACAGUCCAGUCCUGGCCAUCCCCACAGUUUUCUUCUAAGGAGCCUAAAAUGGCACUCUUGGCUCUCAUCUGCUUUCAUUUGUUUUGUUCUUCCCCUCAGGAUGACACCAGGUACUGCUGCAGCUGCCUUCCCCAUGCUGCUUUUUAAUUUAGUGUGUAAAAGGACAGUGAGUCCAGCUAUGAAUGCCCAGGUCUCUGCUAUACUUGAAACUUUCUUAGAGGGGGAAAAAAAAGAGAAAACUCAAAAGAAGAUGAGUCUUUUUAUGUGCAGCUUCUGCAAAGCAAGUUGUAAAUUAAACAAAGCAGUAAUAUAUAAUGUUUCUGGUUUUUUUAAUAUAUAUUUUUCUUCCAGCUGGGAAUACAGAUGAGUCUCGGCUUUGGGAAGUGCACUGUUCCCGUCUGUGUAUAUUGUUAAUUAACAUUUCUCUGCUUGGGCACGUUAGGUCUCUUGCACUCUGAAAUGUUACUUUUCUUUAUAUGCAAACUGUUGAAAUAUUGUGAUCUGCUGUAUAAUAAAUAAACAAGGUGUAAACAUGAAAUAGCCAGAAGAGUUUACUUU